AUGGCUUCCGCACCUCCAGCCCUUGACCUGUCCUCCGCCCCAGCAGAAGAUCCUCCCAAUCUCUCUGGUGGAGAAAAAGACGCAGAAGCAACACUGUCAGAUCACCCCAUAGCACCUGAUCAAUUCGACCCGAAAUGGGAAACCGAUAAAUGGGAGAUAUGGAGCUACUAUGCGUAUUAUAUUGGGAAUAAUGGGUUGACGCUUUUUAAUUUCGCGCCGACUGCUUUCCAGAAUUUGUUGUAUCAGGCUGCGGGGGAUGGGACGAGUCUGAGGUUUGCGGGCAGUUUUGCGCUACAGAUCGUGGUAUUCUUGUUUCUGGGCAGUUUUGCGGAUUUCGGAACCUGGAGACCGAACAUUCUGAUUGUGCUAUCUCUGGUUGCUUGGGGUAUUGGGUUUGGAUGGUUGGGUGUUCAUGAUGCGUCCAAGUGGGAAAUUGCUACUGGGAUGUACAUCGUUGGGCGUCUAGCACGAAAUACUCCUGAACUUCGCCAUAAAGCAGAAGAGUAUCAAGCCGGAGAAAUUACUCGAGAACAAUACGACUAUGCAGACAGUCUAAAGAGGUCUGAACUGUCUAAUAUGGCGUUCUACAUUCAGUCUCUCGGGGAGAUCAUCAUCUUAGCAAUCAUUGUUGGGGUGCUUUUCGGUGUCAACGUCAAUGCUUCAACCGCAAACAACAAUUGGGGAUUGUCGGUCCUUAUUGCUUUUGCGACGGGUAUGUGGGUCUUGCUAGCUAUCCCAUGGUUCCUGAAAGAAAAACGAAGAGCUGGUCAAGAGAUUCCACCCGGGAUGAACAUCAUAUCGGUGGGAUUCUGGCAAUUGUAUCGAGCUCUCCGUCAAAUCUGGCAUCUCAAGCAAUCCCUAAUAUACCUCAUCGGCUAUUUUCUCCUUGGAGACUCACUUAACACAAACAUUGUAGCCUACAACACCCUUGAACUAACCUACUUGUUCAUCGUCGGUAUAGCCGCGCAAGCCAUCGGCAUCUACUCCUUCUGGUGGGCCCAACGCCACUACCGCCUCUCCACCAAAACCAUGUUCAACAUCGUCGCCUUCGGGAUCAUCAUCCUCGAUUUCUGGGGUAUGAUCGGGAUCUGGACUCAAAAAUUCGGCUUCCACCACGUCUGGGAAGUCUGGCUCUACCAAGUGUAUUACGGGCUCUUCGUCUGUCCUUGGUAUUCCUACUCUCAAAUCAUGAUUUCGGAAGUCACGCCCAGAGGAAGGGAAUUCUUGUUCUUUAGCCUGUUUAGUAUUAUUGGGAAGACGAGUAGCUUUAUUGGACCCCUCGUUAGCUCGGCGAUUAUCGAUGCGAGUCCGAACGGGAAUAAUUCUACGCCGUUUUACUUUUUGACGGGGUUGAGUGCUGUUAGUUUCUUGGUGUUGGUGUUGUUUGUGGAUUUGGAAAAGAGUCGUAGGGAACAGGAGGCGUUUUUGGAGAAGGAGGAGGAAGCGAGGAGGAAAUUGGUGGGUGUUAGUGGAGAGGUUGUGGAAGAUGAUGUUAUGCCUAGUGGAGGAGAUGAGGAGAAGAAGGGAUGA